UAGUGCGGGGCCUCUCUGGGGGCCGUGCAGGGCCAUGGGCUGUUGCCAAGACAAGGACUCUCACACCUCCGAUGAGCAGGGCAAGGAAUCGGAGGAAGUCGAGGAAGGCAGCGGAAGGGUCGAUGUGGACUCUCCGGACCAGCAGCGGAAUCGCAAGUCGAACGAAAGCCUUCUGAUCACCGUGGUGUGGCGGCGGCUAUCCCUGUUCAGUCGUCGGGGCUCCGCGCGGUCAACCAAGAGGCUAUCAAAUCAAACUCAAAAGCAUGGGUGUGCGGUCGUGGAGGGCAAAAACGAGGAGAUCCCGGAGGAGCCAGAGAAGGGGUGA